AUGGCCAGCCUACUUCGACCAGCGGCCGCUAUUCUCUUCCUCGCGGGAUGCGCUCUGGCCUCUUCAGAGCUCGUGACGCCUGUGAAGCGUGAUGGUUGUUCAACCACCAGGCAGGCUAUGCCAUGGUCUUCGCUCACUUCUGACGAGCAACAAUCGUACAUUGAUGCCACCCUGUGCUUGAUGUCUACGCCUGCCUCGAGUGAUAUUGGCAACGCGUCCACUAGGUGGGAUGAAUUGCAAUACAACCAUAUCUACCAGACCGGUUGGAUCCACGAUGUCGGUCAAUUUCUUCCUUGGCACCGCUACUUUAUCGCCGUCCAUGCCAACAUGCUAAGGGAUGCUUGUGACUAUAAUGGCCCUCUGCCGUACUGGGAUGAAAUUUCAGACUCUAGCCUCGACGACUUGGCCGAUGCCGACGUUUUCCAGGACGACGCCCUCGGAGGCACGGGCAGCGGCGACGACUCUUGCAUCACCACCGGCCCCUUUGCCAACAUCACCCUGACCAUGCAGAGCGACGGCAACACGGGCUCGUACUGCAUCUCCCGCGACCUCCAAGUCUCGUCGCUGUCGGGAUCCACCCAGGCGAGCGUCGAUAGCUGCGAGGACCUGGACACGUACGACGACGCCUGGGACUGCUACUACUCGACCCCCCCACGCCGCCGGCCACGCUGCCGUCGGCGGCCUCAUGCAGAGCGUUUCCCAGAGCCCCCGGAGACCCCCAUCUUUUUCUUGCACCACACUUUUCUCGACGCCCUCUGGUGGAAGUGGCAGUCGGCCAACCUGAGCUCCCGCCUGACCGAGAUGGGAGGCCAGAACCAGGUCGACGAGUCAGAGUGCGAGUUCACAUCUUCGCAGUGCCCUGGUGAUGAUAUUCUCAACUAUGACGGCGACCCGGGUAACACCACUACUCUGAACCACACCCUGUGGAUGUACGAUCUCUACCCCAACCGCACCGUCGCCGACGUCAUGAACAUCAACAGCACCGAUGUCUGUAUCGAGUACACUUACCCUGACGGCGAGGACUACAAGCUAAAGGAGCGCAGCUUCAUGGAGAAGCUGUUUGGAAAGCACUAG